GGCGGAACAUGGGCGGUUCUGGAGCCCGGGGAGCCCCGGGGGAGGGGGGCACAGGCAGGGGACCCCGGCUGGGGCACACAGAGCGUCCCUUGGAGGGCUGUCCCGCUGGGCGGGGGGCGUUCGGGGGCACCCACCCCUGCGGGAAGGGCACCGGGGGGUACCCGGGGGGUUCAUUGGGGGUCCGGUCUACGGGAGCUUCUGAGGAGGGGCCUGGGGUGCUGCACAAGGGAUGCUGGGGGUCCUCGUGUGGGCGUUCUGUGCGUGUGCCCCCCGCCCCCGGUGGGGAGCCCCCCUCGGCUCACCCCCUGCUCCCACCGCAGGACGCGGCUGCCGGUCCGCGACCACCCCAGCGGGAGCCAGGGGACCCCCGGGACCACACAGAGCCGAACAGGAGCAGAGGGACCCCCGGGACCGAGCAAGAGCAGAGGGACCCCGGGCGCAAAGGGACCCCCCGGAGCAGAGGGACCCCUGAGCAGAGGGGACCCCCGGGACCACCCAGGACCAGAGCAGAGGGACCCCCGGGAGCAGCGGGACCCCCGGGCCGCCGGUGCUGCGGGCAGCAUGGCGCAGUGGCAGGAGGUGCAGAGCUUGGCCAACACUUACCUGGAGCAGGUGCACCAGCUGUACGCGGGCUCGGCGCUGCCCAUGGCCGUGCGCCAGUCCUUGGCCGCCUGGAUCGAGACCCAGAACUGGCGCCAGGCGGCGGAGCCGCUCUGCUCGCAAGCGCGGAUGCUGUUCCACUCCUUACUGGUGGUACUGGGAGAGCGCCUGGGCAGCCUGGGCUCGGACCGCGAGGAUUUCAUGCUGAAGCACAACCUGCGCAAGGCUCACCGCGACCUCCAGGCAGAGUUCGAGGAGGAGCCGGAGAGAUUCGCCAACUUGGUGGCCAACCUGCUGCAGGAGGAGCGGCGGAUCCUGCGCCUUGGGCAGGCCGGGGGGCAGGGGCGUUCGGCCCCCGCGCCCAGCCCAGCCCCGGAGAGCGGCCGGGAGCAGCAGAUCCAGCGGCGCUUGGCCGAGUUCCACACGGCCCUGCAGGAAGCCGAACGAGCCUUCAGGCACCUGGAGGAUUUGCAGGAUGCUUUUGACUUUUGCUACAAGGUGCACUACCAGCCAGGUGGGGAGAGGAACGAGGACCCCGAGUACAUCCAGGAGCUCCAAUCCCUCCAGGCCAAACUGCAGAACCUGGACCGGCAGCGCCGGGAGGUGCUGGCUCAGAUGCAGCAGCUUUUGGGGCGCAGCGAGACCCUGCAGGAGCUGCUGCAGCAGGAGCUGGGGGGCUGGCGGACGCGGCAGCAGCGCCUGUGCCUGGGGGGCCCCGGUGACACCAACCUGCGCCCGCUGGAGACCUGGUUCACGGAGCUGGGCCAGGGGUUGUUCCAGCUGCGGCAGCUGCUGCGGGCGCUGGGUGACCUGCGACAAAAGGUGACCUACGCCAGGGACCCGCUGGUGGCAGAGACGCCCCUGCUGGAGCAGCGGCUGCAGGAGCAGCUCACGCACCUGCUCAAGAGCGCCUUCGUGGUGGAGCAGCAGCCCAGCACGCCCAACGCCGGGAAGCGGCCGCUGGUGCUGCGCACCGCCGGCAAGUUCUCGACGCGCGCGCGGCUGCUGGUGCGGCUGCACGACCGCAACCACGGCAUGGAGGCCAGGAUCCACAUGGACAGGGACCCGCCCAACAUCAAAGGUGCGGGACCCCACCCCAGGCUGACUCUGCCAUCCCCGCAGACGCUGAAGGAGCAGAAGGACAGCAGGGCUGGCAAGGGCAAAGGUGCCAGCGGCGAGGGUCCCCUGGUUGUGACAGAGGAGCUGCACCUCAUCACCUUCACGCUGGCUUACGCCUACUGCGGGCUGGAGCUGGAGCUGGAGGCCACCACGCUGCCCUUUGUCAUCAUCUCCAACAACAACCAGUUCUCCAGCGCCUGGGCCUCCAUCCUGUGGUUCAACAUGCUCAGCUCUGACCCCAAGGCGAGCGGGACCCCCGCCCUGUGCCACCCCUGCCUCGUGUCCCCCGCGCUGCUCCCUGUCCCCUCCCUAGCCCUGCCCCUUGCCCAGUCUGUGUCCUGGUUGUCCCCUGUGCCCUGUCCCCAGGUCUAUGGCCUGCCCUGCCUCUUACUCAUCCUGGGCUUCGUGAGCCACAAGCAGGCGGAGAAGCUGCUCAAGUCCAGGCGGACGGGGACGUUCCUGCUGCGCUUCAGCGAGAGCGUCCUCGGGGGUGUCACCUUCACGUGGGUGGAGCACCACGAGACAGGAUUUGUCCUGAAGAAAUUUGGGGAGACCCUGGAGGUUAAAAAUGCCUCCAGGCCCCCCAGCAAGCAGCAGACAGAGGAGGAGCUGGCGGUGGCCACGGAGAACCUGGAGACGCUGCAGCUGCAGCCCCGAGGGCAGGGGACACCUGGGACCCUGGGGACACUUCAGAGGGUGGCCACGAGCCCAGGGACACUGCAGGUGGUGGCCAUGAGCCCAGGGACACUACAGGUCACCCCUGGGAGCUUGGGGACACCUCAGAGGGUGGCCAUGAGCCCAGGGACACUGCAGGUGGUGGCCAUGAGCCCAGGGACACUACAGGUCACCUCUGGGAGCUUGGGGACACCUCAGGUGGUGGCAACAAGCCCGGGGAUACCACAGGUCACCCCUGGGAAUUUGGGGACCCCUCAGGGGGUGGCCAGUAGGCUGGGGACACCACAGGUGGUGGCCACAAGCCCAGGGACCCUGCAGCCCAUGGGUUUGGGGACACUGCAACCACAGCCUCAAAGCCUGGAGCCACCACAGGUGACAUCAGCGGUCCCCAACAUGCAGGGGACACUGAAGGUGACACCAGGGGCUGUGGGGACCGUGCAGGUGCUGCCUGGGGGGCUGCAGAUGCUGCAGGUGUGCUCAGAGGACUUGGGGACACUGCAGGGGACAAUGGGGACGCUGCAGCUGGGAGCUGUGGAGCCACCACGGGUCCCCGAGGAGCAGGGGACACUGCCAGCGGAGCUGAGGGACCUGGAGCUGCUGCCAGGGGGACAGGACAUGCAGGAGCUGCUGCAGGGGAGCCGCGACGUGCAGGAGCUGCUGCUGCAGUCGCUGGAGGGGCUGGAGGCGGCUCCGGGGACCCUGGGGACACUGGGGACACUGGGAGUGACUGAGCUGAUGCCGGACGUGGUGGCAACCUUGGAGGAGAGCUUCCAGCUGAGCCCCGGCAGCGCUGCUCUCCUGGACCAGCGCGAUCCGUUCCUGCCGCAGCCCGAGGACUCGGCCGUGCCCUCGGUGCCCUCGCUCUUCACCGACUUCCCCCCGCUGCACAUCGACGCCAGCGACUUCCAGUGACCCCUGCCCGGCCCCUUCCUUCCCAGGGACCCCUCCCCAGCUCCUUCCCUUUCUGGGGACCCCUCCCCGGUCCCUUCCCUCCCUGGGACCCCUCCCCAGCUCCUUCCCUUUCUGGGGACCCCUCCCCGGUCCCUUCCCUCCCUGGGACCCCUCCCCAGCCCCUUCCCUUCUGGGGACCCCUCCCCGGUCCUUUCUGUUCCAGGGACCCCUUCUGGGGACCCCUCCUCGGUCUCUUCCCUCCAAGAGACCCCUCCCCGGUCCCUUCCGUUCCAGGGACGCCUCCUUGGUCCCUUCCCUUCCCUCCCUAGUCCCUUUGGUUCCAGGGAUCUUUUUCCGGUCCCUUCUCUCCCAGGGACCCCUCCUCAGUCGCUUCCCUCCGAGCGACCCCUCCCUGGUCCCUUCCUGGG